AUGGAAGUAGAAAAAGUAGAAGAAAUCAGAGAAGAAAAAUCUUUAACAGAACAAGAAGCAGAGAAACACGACCAGGAAAUACUUCGAAUAACGACUGAAAUGGAAAAACUAGUACAAUCACAGGAACAGCAGACUAGUGAAAUCAACGAAUUAAAAAACAGACUAAAAGAAAAGAAAGAACGAAUAAACGAAUUAACCCAACAAAUAGAACUAAAAGGAGAAAAUAAGAAACAAAUACAAGAAUUAGAAAACGAAGUGGAAGAAAAAAAUCAACUGACAAAAACAAUCACGACAUUACAAGAAAAAGAAAAAUGA